AUGACUGCGACGGCGCCACUCGCGCAGGGACACGCUCUCAACGUCCCUACGCACCAGCGCGUCACCCGCUCCGCUUCCAACUUGCGCAAGCAGAUCCAACCCAGUUCAGCCAACUCGGACGACGACGACGGCAUGCACGACGAGGUGGUCCUCGCGCCGCUUCCCAGUCGCUCGCAGGAUGAACAGCUGAGCUCCCAGACGCGGCGGCAGCUCGCACGACCGGGUUCGUCGACGUUGGAUGAGCGCGUCUCGGACGCGGAGGGUGUCGCGGGUCAGGCGCUCGCUGAGGCGGGUCACGGGCGCGGCAGCAGCUGGUACGGGUCGCAGGACGAGUCUAUGGAGGCGGACGGCGCAGCCAGUGUCGAGGACGAGGAGCUGGAGGACGAGGACGAUGGCGAGGGCGAGCAGGAAGAGGAGGACUCGGAUGCAGGGGACGAUUCGCGGUCAGAGGGCGAGCUGCAGGCUAUUGGGGCAGAAAUGGACGCGCUGGAACAGGCGGUGCCGGGCUUGCUGGGCAAAUACCAUCUCACCGACCGAUUAGGCGAAGGCACCUUCUCCUCCGUCUACAAGGCAAUCGACCUGCAGAAUCGCUCUUUCAACAACUCGCAGUGGAAACCGGUCGAGCGGAAGGGCAAAGUCUACGUCGCCGUCAAGCGCAUCUACGUCACGAGCAGUCCCGUACGCAUUCACAACGAGCUCGAGAUCCUCCACGACUUGCGCGGCGCUCCGAACGUCGCCUACCUUAUCGACGCAAUCCGUCACGAAGACCAAGUCCUCGCCGUCAUGCCCUUCAACCGGCAUCAGGACUUCCGAACAUACUACCGCACAGCUUCCCUCCCUCUCCUCCGCUCCUACUUCUCCUGCCUCUUCCGCGCCCUCACCUUCACUCAUCAGCUCCAGAUCAUCCACCGCGACGUCAAGCCCGCCAACUUCCUCUACGACGUGACGACCGGCACCGGCGUCCUCUGCGACUACGGUCUCGCACAGAAGAUCGGCGGCGACGAGUGGUUCGAGUGGAAGAGCGACUGCUUGCAUUCGCUGCCGGGUCCGAGCUACGGCGGCCUCGAAGGACGAGCGCGCGCUCAGCGGAAGAUGGAAAAGAACCCGAAUGCGUGUCCCGGGCUGUGCUCGGGUCUGCACGGCGUGCGACUCGCCAAACCGAUCAGCUUGUACGAGCAAGCGGUGGCGAUGGAGAACGAGUGGGAGAUGUGGGAUCUCAAGAUGCGGGACAAGGAGGACAGAGGGCAGACGGUGACGGACGAGGACUGGGACGCGCUCGAGGCGUACAAGCCGUGGGAGAUGCCGCCCGGGUGGCGGUCUGAUAUCAAGCGCCGGAUCCAGGAGCGGCAGGAGUUCUACAAGAGCUGGCGGCCGGCGCUCUCGGUUGCAGCGCAGAAGGCGAAGCAGAAGCCGGGCUACCUGAAAGAGGACCGCAGGCCGAGCGUGCGGGCGAAUCGUGCCGGCACGAGGGGUUUCCGUGCGCCCGAAGUCCUUCUCAAAUGCCCCGACCAGACUGUCGCCCUCGACAUCUGGUCGGUCGGCAUCAUCCUGCUCUGCUUCCUCACCCGCCGCUUUCCGUUUUUCAACUCGAGCGACGACACCGAGGCGCUCGCCGAGAUUACCGCCAUCUUCGGCAAACGCAAGAUGGAGCGUUGCGCAGCCUUGCACAACCGCACUUUCCAAACGAACGUCCCGGACUACGACUCGCCUCCGCACGCCAACCUGCACGCUCUCGUCAAAACGCUCAACCCACCCAUCAUGGUCGAGAACUCGCCUGAUCCCUACGGCCCCAUCCCAAGCCCCGACGAGGAGAUCAACAAGUGGUACCCCGACAGCGACCUCUACCAGGUCGUCGACCUCAUGAAGCGCUGCCUUGAACUCGACUGCACGAAGCGCUGGACCGCGCAAGAGUGUCUCGAGCACCCCUUCUUCCGCGGCGAGUACGACAUCGGCCUCGGUCGUACCGUCUCCCGCGAGUCCGCCUACGCCGCCAUCGACAACGAGUCGAGCGGCUGA